AUGGUAGCGAGUCGGAUGCAACGGUGGGCAAUUAUUUUGUCCGCUUAUUCGUUUGAUAUUGAGUACAUACGUACCGAUGUGAAUGGAGCGGACGGCCUGUCGCGUCUGCCGCUGUCGCCUAGUAAGAUGACUCAUACAGCGCCCGAGCAAACGUAUUUGCAUUUCGUUCAGCAAUCAUUGUUGUUAAAUUAUAAUGAAGUUAAAAAUCAAACCGCUCGAGAUCCAAUUCUGUCGAAGGUUAUUAACUAUAUUCGGGAUGGUUGGCCAGGGGAAUGUAAUAUUAAAGGACCGUUUCUGAAUCGUAAGAAUGAAUUAUAUGAGGAAAUAGGCUGUGUGAUGUGGGGGCAUAGACUAGUUGUGCCGGAGGCCUGUAAGGAAAAAGUUUUAUCUAUGACUCACGAACCUCAUAUGGGCAUUGUCAAAUCCAAAGCUAUAGCUCGAAGCUAUGUUUGGUGGGCCGGUGUGGACGAGGCGGUGGAGCGGAUAUGCCGGGAGUGCAAGAUAUGCGCGGCGCAGGCGGAUGCUCCGCCAAAACAGACGCCUCGUAUGUGGCAAUGGCCCAAUCGUCCUUGGUCAAGGAUACAUUGA